ACAAAUGGAACUUUCACACUUGCGCAGUAGCAAGCAUGGUUUUGUUUGGAGAGAAAAGAAUUUCUGCCACCACGUUAAGAAUUUAAAUAAAUAGUCUUAUGGAGGUAAAUAUAUUGGCUACAUGUUUUCAGUGACACAACAACUAACCCCUGUGAGGCAGUCGAAAGUUUGAAUUAAAUGUCAGGACUUUAAAAAAAUACUAAAGAUGCCGCUGUUUGGAAACACAUUCAGUCCGAAGAAGACUCCACCUCGCAAAUCUGCAUCCUUGUCCAGCCUUCACACGUUGGAUCGCUCAACAAGAGAAAUAGAGCUGGGUCUUGAAUAUGGACCUCCUGUGAUGAACAUCGGAGGUCAGAGCUGGAAGUUUGAAGAGGGACAGUGGAUAACGGAAUCUGGUGGGAAUGCAUCUGGUAGAGACCUGCAGCGGCUUAAGAAAAGAAACGUACAACUGGAGGAGGAAAACAAUCUCCUGAAACUAAAGAUUGAAAUCCUCUUGGACAUGUUGACAGAGACGACAGUAGAGUACCACCUGAUGGAGAAAGAAGUGGAAGAUAUAAAGACUCAGCAUCGAAGGAAGAAGUGACAGAACAGAUUUGAUGCCUUCAUCAUAAGAACUUUUCUUUAAGGGAAUUUAGCUGUUUUUGUAUUCAUAGGAAGUUUGAAGUUUAUUGGUGUAUAAAAAAGUUACUUUGUUUUGUUUUGUUUUUUUGUUUUUUGCUUGUAAGAACAGAAAUCAAAUAAAGAGCCCAUAAUUUUCUCAUAAUAAGG